AUGCUAUUCAAUCAUUAUUUUUUUCUUCCAUUUUAUUUCCUACCUGCAAUGCUCACGCAUGGUCUUCAAAUUAACGUGCUUGCAUUUAGCACUUCAUGUUGUAAAUUUCAAUCGAACUAUGCAGGGUUGACAAUAACAUUGAUAUUUAUUAUCAAUUGUUUUAUAUUUUUUGAUCGUUAUGCUAUAUCAUCCCGCUCUGUGCGUAUACGAUCGUAUAGUUCGCAACACAUUGCUCAAGCACUUAUUACUAUUGGAUUGUGUAUCUCUUUCGGUUUAAUUGGAAUGCCAGCAGCUAUCUUUUAUGAAUAUGUUCCACUUGGGCCUAAUGGAUCAUAUAUUUGUACAUCAAGAUCGAAUCGAUUUUUAUUAUGUGUCGCAAUGAUUUAUUUUCCUAUGCUUGAAGGUAUUCUACCGUUUAUUUUAGUCGUCGUUUUCUGGUUGUUAACGAGAAAACAAGUUCGAAAUGUUCACAGUAAAGAUUUAGUUCGACGUCUCGAUAGACAAAUAACGCGAAUGUAUUUAUUUCAAAUCCUGACAAAUACUACUGCAUCCGCUCCAUUUGCAAUAAUUAAUCUUUAUCGAUCAUUACCAUUGAAAACAGCUCACACUCAAGAUCAAGAAAAUACGGUGCAAUCUUUAUAUUGUACUGAUUUUUAUAUUUAUUUGGCGGUAUCAAAUGAGAUUGAAAGGCAACCCGUAGAAGUAUUGUGUUUUUGGCGUCGACAGCGGAUAACUAGUAUUACAUACAAUCAUGAAAUGACGUCAUUAAGAACUGGAAAGAAAAGUAGCACACAAUAUUAA